AAUAAACAGGAAUGCGGAGGGGCCUCCCGGGUCGGGUCGCCCCGCGCAGCGGCCUCGGGGUUAAGAACCGCCCUUGGGAGGCGGCCCUCCUCCCGCUCAGGGACUUCCCGGUGGAGCGUGGGACCUGGCGACAGCGCUCCGGAUCUGUCUGCUCCAGGACCCCGAGCAAGAAGUAAGACCACGUCUCUCCUGGUCAGUCCCCUGCGGUCCGGCUGGGUGCUGUCCUGGGAGGGAGGAGCUUCAAUGUACUCAGAGAUCCAGAGGGAGCGGGCAGACAUUGGGGGCCUAAUGGCCCGGCCAGAGUACAGAGAGUGGAACCCAGAGCUCAUCAAGCCCAAGAAGCUGUUGAACCCUGUGAAGGCCUCCCGGAGCCACCAGGAGCUGCACCGUGAGCUGCUCAUGAACCACAGAAGGGGCCUCGGCGUGGACAGUAAGCCAGAGCUGCAGCGUGUCCUGGAGCAUCGCCGCAGGAACCAGCUCAUCAAGAAGAAGAAGGAGGAGCUGGAGGCCAAGCGGCUUCAGUGCCCCUUUGAGCAGGAGCUGCUGAGACGGCAGCAGAGGCUGAACCAGCUGGAAAAACCACCAGAAAAGGAAGAGGAACAUGCCCCCGAGUUUAUCAAAGUCCGGGAAAACCUGCGGAGAAUCGCCACCCUGAGCAGUGAGGAGAGGGCGCUGUAGAGUGGCUGCUGGGCACUGCCCGCCCUGCACUCCCUGGCCCAGGCUCCUCCAGCCCCCUGCACCUGGCUGCCCGGGGCUGUCCGUGAUGUUCACACCUGCUCCCGUAGAAAUGUGUCCCCCCAGGGGGUCUGGCUCACCCUGGGAAGCUGGGGACCCUGAGCUCCCACACUGUUCCUUCCGAGCGUCCAUGUCUCCUGCCCCAAGAGGAAUUCACUGCCAGGAAAACCUUCUCCAAGGCACCCCUCCCUGAUCCUGAGCCCUGCACAGGAAACUAGCCUGGCAGAAUUGGAAAGGAAGGACAGGUCCCCUCUGUGUCCUGCCGAGUCCUCCGUUCUGCCCAGGACUGUCCACCGGGAGACUCCAGGGCCCCAUGGGGCCCUGCCUCUCAGAGCAGCCCAGCUCCUAGGCCCAGAAAAUUCUGGCUGCAGUUUUACCUGAGGUCAGGUGAGGAGCAGAUAAGCAGAGCUUAGCCUGGGUAACACCUGCUUUGAGAGCCAAUGAGCAGAGAAAGGCUAAUCUGUCCACAGCAAGGUCCCCAGGAGGUCAGAUGGUGAGGGGGGAAGGGUACUAACCCAGACAGCCUUUUAGGGUUUGCAGGCUCUGCCCAUGCCUUCCUUGUUCCUCCUCCACAGCCCACCCUACCUGGGCCUUGGAACCACACCUGGCAGGGAUACAGCAUUCCCAGUCCCAGUUUAGAAAAGCGCUUCGAAAACUUUACUGUGCAUACUAAUCACUGGGAUCUCUUUAAAACACAGCUGCCGAGACUGGGUGCAGUGGCACACGCCUGUGAUCCCAGAGACUCUGGAGGCUGAGGCAGGAGGAUUGCCAGCCUUAGCAACUUAGCAAGGCCCUGAGCAACCCAGUGAGACUCUGUCUCAAAAAAUAAAAAGGGCUGAGGAUGUGGCUCAGUGGUUAAACACCCCUGAGUUCAAUUCCCAGUACCCGCCCCCCCAAAAAAAAUUUAAAAACAGUUUCCGACUCCAUAGAUCUGGGCAGGGGCUUAGAUUCUACAUGGAUAACAAGCUCCUGUUGAGGCUGAGACUGCUGGUUUGAGGACCACCCUGAGCAAAACUGGAGGGUGCGGGGAGGUGCUCAGUGGUUCAGAUCAGAAACACCAUUCAACUCCCAUGAACCUCUGCCCUGGGGGUUCCCAAGGCCACCUCUGCAGCCCAAGGACUCUUGGUUCCUUAUCCAGCCCACCUGCAGGGACUCCUGGCCCUGGAAGACUUUGGUUUAACAAAUUCUGUUCCUCAGUGACUUGCUUUGUUCACCAGAGCUGCAUAUUAUUGCCAACUGUGUUCCUUACCCGUUUGACCACACCACUGCGCACUUCUCGCCAAAAAAAGAACAAUGUUACCUUCUCUACAACAAUGUGGAAAGCAAACAUACCAAGAUCUCCCCUAGGCUCCUCAAGGUACAAACAGUAGCUUCAAGACCCCACUGCCACAUCUGUGGCCUGGCCUCCUCAGCAACCCUUUCCAGGCUGUCAUGUGAAGAGACCUCCCCCACCUGCAGCCCCUCCAGGAAGUUCCCCCACUCUCCUUCCCCGAGGAUCCCUUCCUGGGUGAGACCCAGAUAUUCUAACCUUUCCCCCCCCCCCCAUGAAGUUUUAAAGACUUAGAGAACAAACCAGGCUUGUUUGUUUUCCCUUGAAGAAUAAAAUCCCUGCCUCGGGCUUUCUAAGCCCUUCACUAGAGGUGACAGAGAUGGGUUAGAGCUGCCCUUGGGACACCCUCUGAUAGCUUGAAGCAAAGGUGGACUUACGGGAGGAAAGGGUUUAUCCUGGUCGGGUUUCUUUUAAGUCACACAUGACAGUAGAGAGCAUUUUGACCUAUCACACAUACAUGGAGUCUAGCCUCCCAUUCUUGUGGUUGGACAUGAUGUGGAGUUUCCCUGGUCGUGUGUUCACAUAGGAACACAGGAAAGUUCUGUCCCAUUCAUUCCACUGUCUUUCCCAUUCCCACCUACCCCCCCAUCCUGGUCUUAACCCUAACUGGGUGGCUUGAGGGUGACUGAGAUGCCGUCCUUCUCCUGUGGGUGGGCCAGCAUAGGGGUGUAAGAAUAGGUACACCACCUGUGUGUGUGCGCAUGUGCAUAAGCCAAGCUUUAAAAAUGUCCCUGAAUGUGACUGUCCUGAUGAGAAUGUGGCAAAGUUAUUCUAAGUGUCUCCUGGGUGAGGCUUACGCUGAAGAUGCAUGAUUCCUACACAAAGGCCACCAGUUCCCGGAAGAAGUCACCUUCAGGGGUCAGCAUGCCAUUCAAACAUGCAAAGAGAAGCAAGAUAGAGUGUUCCAGAUUGAGUAGGACCACCCAAGGGAGCACCCGAGGUUCCACCCGGUGGUGGCCAGAGGUGCUUCUGGAAGAGGAAGCCCCAGAAACAGAAGGAUCCUCAAGCACCAUGUCAUUCAGGGGAGCCCCAGCAGACACCCUCGGUGUACUCCCCACUGAUCAGUCCCAACUCCAUCUCUCUAUCGCCUUCCACCAAGGAGGCUAUAAUUCCAGAUUCUCACUGUUCUAGUCUUCUUUGCAGUUUGGGGUGACGCUGAGACCGAGUAUGGCUAAUGACAUUUAAAUGGAAGUCUACAGGAGCUUCUGGGAAAGCUUACGCUUUUAUGAUCAAAAGAGGCAUAGCAAAUUCCUUCCCUUUGCUCCUUUCUUCUCCCUGCCUUGAUUGAGGAUAUGAUACCUGGAGCUGCAGGUGCCAUUUUGCUACAUGAGAAAAAGGCCGAGAGAAUCAGAGAGAUGUAAACCCUAUCAUCAUUUCACCAAGCCAAUGUCCUUCUCCAGAUUCUUGUAAAAAAAAAAUAAUAAUAAUCCCUGUUUGUUUAAAUCAUUGUUAUUCAAUCUCUGUUACCUGGACUCAAAAAAGUAUUUCCUAAGUGAUACAAAGGGCCAGCCCUGACUGCCCAGAAAUACCUGCAGGCCAUGCUAGAAUUCAAAUUCCAAUUUCUCAAAAGAAAAUUAUGUAUAAAAGUCCUUUAGCAACCUAUUGGCCUGGGUUUUGUUGUUGUUGGUGGUGGUGGUCCUGGGGAUUGAACCCAGGGAUACUUAACCACUGAGCCACAUCCCCAGCCCUAUUUUAUAUUUUAUUUAGAGACAGAGUCUCACUGAGUUGCUGAGGCUGGCUUUGAACUCGCCAUGCUCCUGCCUCAGCCUCCCCAGCCACUGGGAUGACAGACGCGUGCCACGGCGCCCAGCGGGGUUCUCUUUUUCUAUACCUUUUCAUUUAGCCCCCGGGCACCAGUCUGAGAGCUGGAACUUGGACAUCACUAAUGCAGUAAAUAUUUGUUGACUGCCCAUUCUGUGCCAGGAAGCAUACUAGGGGCACGCUGGGCACAGUGGAGAGAAAGUGCCUGUCCUUCACUUGGAUUACAGCUCUCCCUGUACAGCCUUUGCCUCUACUGCCGGUUCUCAACAGAGCAGCCAAAAUGACCCUGUUCAAUUUUAGGCAGAUCUUACCACUGUGCACAGAGCCAACCAUCAGGAUCCAGUCCUUCCUGCAAUCUCAAGGGUCCUAUGUGUCAGGCUCCUUCUUAACCUCUGGCCUUCCCCCCCCUUCUCCCCCUCACUCACGUAGCUCUGGCUGCCCUGGCCUCCCCACACUCUCCAGGUGCACCCCACUUCUGUGUCUUUUCCUGGGCCAGGAAGAUCCUUCCCCUUGGGAGCCACCAGGUCCACUCCCUGAUUUUCUUCAGGUUUUUGGUUUUGGGUUUUUUUUUUUUUGGAUGCUUCUUUCUAAACAAGGCCCCAUGUAAAAUGUCAACAUUGCUGGAUGUGGUAGUGCACACCUGACCUGUAAUCCUAGUGACUCCGGAGGCUGAGGCAGGAGGAUCAUGAGUUCAAGGCCAGCCUCAGCAACUUACCAAAGCUCUAAGCCACUUAGAAAGACCCUGUCUCAAAAUAAAAGUUAAAAGGUGUUGGGAUGUGGUUCAGUGGUUAAGAGUGCCCCUGGGUUCAAUCUCUGGUACAAAAAAAAAAAAAAAAAAAAACCCAAAAAUAAAAUGUCAACACCUACACACUUCCUAUUGCAGGAGUCAAAGACCUGUCAUUUCAAUAUGUCGAAUUGGCAUAGGAAACUGUAAUAAUUGAGCAACUAUAACUUCAGAAAGGGAUUCUUGACUUGUCUUUUUCUAUGUAAAGCCAUGAAGGUUCCCGAUACCAAGGCAGGAAAAGGACCUUGAGCACCAGAGCCUGGUAACUGGGGCUUCUAUGAACCUGCAUAAACACAUUGGUUGAAGUAACUCUCAUCUUCCACUAACUUAUGUGUCCCCAUUUAUAUCUUGGUGUCAGCCUGGAAUCACUACCCUCAUCCUGAAACCCACUUGUCCUGUUAUUCCUUUACAAAUGUAUUGUUCUUUGACUAAAAAUGUAUAAAAGCAUCAUGCAUUCAUCAUUUCUCGGACUUCACACUUGUAAAGAUCCUCAUGUAAAUUUAAUAAAACUCUUCUCAACCA